UGCAUUUGGCAGCGAGGGCUGAAUUUUCCCAAUGUCGGGCUACCUUUGCACUGGUGGCACGCACGAUCUUAUAUUGAAAGCUUUCAUGGUGCAGUCGCAUUCACUUCCAUUGGUUCUACUCUGAUCAUGUCCACGUCAGCCCUUUUCGCUGCAAGAAAACGAGCUGAAAACGCUUUAAAGAAUUUUCAGUUAUCAACACAGCCCGAUCCCACUGAAUCCACUGAUCCGUCACAGAAGAAAAAUGCUACAUUGCUGCUAUCUUUGCUUCAAUCGCGUCUUAAUUGGGCCAACUCGGUGUUUGUUAAGUAUCGAGCUGACAAUGUUCAACAGCCCCGACGAACCAACAACAGUCGAAAAAAGUGGCCCAACAUGCGCUUUUUAGGCACCUGCACCUUGCAGUUGGGGCCUCAUCGAUUUUCAGACGUGCAAUUUUUUGAAGCUAUACGCAAAGAGUCAUGGUUGGAUCUCGCCAAAGCCGCCGAUCUGUUGCCCAAACAGGCCAGUGUUCCUGAAAACGGCAAACCCUCAUCCGCGACCACCGAUCCUCCAUCAGCAGACACGGAAAAGCCUUCGGAAAAGCCUUCGGAAAAUCCAACAGCAGCAACGUCAGCAACAGCAGCGACGACAGAAGCAAUGCAGACAGAUGCUGAUGGAAAAAAAGAAGAAAGCAGCGCGUCGGACGCGAGCAAAUCCUCAGAGACAGCUGCAUCGUCAGAACUGCAAGAGUCAUCCACUAACGGCACGUUGAAGACGUUGCCGGACGGGGCUGCGGAAUUGACAUUCUCUGAUGUGGUGAUGGAAUUUAAAGAGACGACCAAUGAACGGUUUCUGUUUCCAAAGGAUAUGAUUCUUGAAUUAACCUCCAUGGAAGCUCCUUUUGAGCUCCUGGCUUCCUUUCUUUUGCCCCUGGACCCUGCGCCCGCCACCUAUUUCGAAUUGGAUGCCAAGGAAAAAAUUGCUCGAUGGGGCAGUCGAUCCAACCUUGAACUUAUCAAAGAACAUGCAGCUACUGCAGCAAUACCACCGCUGAAAUCCGAAUCCAUGGAUCUUGAAACAACCGAUUCUUACGCUGCCAACAUUCGCAUGAUUGGUGUGAACGGGGAAAUUCUUAAAGCCCUAGUGGCAAAUGUCACCAACCCCGAUAUUGUACGGCAGCAGAUGAUGAGCAAGAUGGAAAAAUUGCCUGUUCGAUCCUAUUUGAAUUAUGCAACCCAGGACGAAGAGACGGACCGUAACAUUGAUGAGAUGCUUCACAAAAUAUAUACCGCCCCAGAGAUCAUCUCUGGUCCUGUGCUGGCAGAAAAGAAGCGAAAUGAGAUUCUGAAUGCCGUCAAUCUUGGCAAAAGGCCGCGUCCAGAGGAAGGCGUAAACGAAGUGGUUCCGAAAGCCAAACAUACCCAUGUGAAAGAUGACGGAUUACGCAAAUGUGUUUAUUGCAGUACAAAGCAUACGGCCAUGUGGCGUCCUGGACCGGCCGGCCACGGAACGCUGUGCAAUGGCUGUGGCCUUUUAUGGAGACAAGGCAAGAUUUUAAAGGGUGCUCCAGUGAUAAGCAUCGAAGAAGAAAAACGACUGGCCAAAGAACGACGCGAGCAACAAAGGAAGCUCCAGGAAGAGCAAGAAAAAGAACGAUUGGAGCAGGAAAAGCAGCGAUUAAAGAAGAAGGCCGAAGCCAAGAAUCAGCAAGCUGGCCACGGCGAAAAAGCAUCGCUCAAAGUAGGCAAUGGUGUCAAAGCCAACAUUGGAUAUUUCGCGGCUCAACUUUUGCAUCAACAGCAUCAACAACAGCAAACAGCUACACAGUCUACAUCGUCGGCACCUACUGCCUCACCCUCAUCCCAAGUUUCUCCCAUUGCGGCAGCAUCCUCGCCGUCUACUUCUGCUCCAUCUCCCAUACCCACGCAAAAGUCUUUGGUCAAGACAAAAGCUGAUACGGCUAGCGCACCUGUGCCUAAAACCAUCGCUACCAAAGCCACGACACCAUCAUCAACAGCAACAGCAACAGCAGCAUCUAACGCCGCACCACCAUCGGCUUCCUCCACCUCCACCUCCGCCUCUCCAUCCGCUUCUACCGCCCAACCCUCUGCUGCUUCAACUGCACCUGCCCCUGCAUUAUCGUUGUAUAACACGGCAGGGAUUCCGUUGCCGACCUUGUCCAUCGACUUUGGCGGUUUGGCCUACUUUGCUCAUCCAAAUUGCGGAGUGACCCUCGUUGACGGCCAUUUUUCCAUUCGAUUAUCAAAAGAAGGACUGGCCCCGAUUGUGCUGGACGUGGAUAAACGCGAAUUACAGAAUGCUGGAUUUAUGGUCACGACAGAAGAUCAGAUCGGACGUGAAGUGUUAAUCAUGACAUGUUCACCGAGCGUGGGGGAAACCGCGCGUCGGUUCGAUAUCAAUCUUAUUCCUUCCCAUUCCACUUACACCAUCACGAUUCGUUUUUUGGAGAAACUGGAUCCGAGCGGCGGAGCGGUAGUCAAACGGAUUUUAGAACGCUGGCUCAGUACAUACAUGUUACAACCACCAAACCAACCACCAACGACCCAAACAUCAUCAUCAUCAUCACCCUCAUGAAAAAAUAACGAGAUAAACGAUGUGCAUCUACUAUUUUUUCUAAAUAUGACAGCAUAGCUAAAUGAGAGUACAAAAUGAGACGAGAAAAUGAACAAAAACAAAUUUCAGUGGUGAUGGACAGCCUAGUCGGUGGACUCUUUGUUUUCGGCCGCGGGGGUUUCCUCAGAUUUGGGCUUCUUUUCGUUGGGUUCAGCCAAACCUUGAUCGUUUUCACGUGCUCUCUUUUGUGUCGAGUUGGCGGAAACGUCUUGGUACCAUGCGUUGAAGGCCUUCUUCUUAA